UGUUUGAGGGAGGGCUCUUUGUGAUGGAGGACUCUGUGUGAUUGUGCCUGGAUCCGCCGUUCAGACGAUAAAUCGGACUCAGAUUGAGGGUACACAAUCUUCCUCCUGUGGAACUUACAUUAUUAUGCUGCCGCUUGAUCACCAACUCAACCUGUCAAGAAUUUGCCAUCACCAGGAAUACAGCAGAGCUCUUGUAUCAGUUUGAUUAAUUAUUUGGGCGUGGGCAUCACCAGCAAGGCUAAGGCAAGAUCUUCCCAUCUCUAAUCUUGAGAAGCUAAAGGACACCAUGAUGUUACACUUAUCUCUGUGCCUCCUUGGAGCCUUUGCUGCAGUUCAGGAAUCUUAUUCCAAAUCUUGCUCGAGGUAUCAGAACUACUUGUUCUGCCAGAAUUUUAAUGAGAUCCCUCAAGUGCCAAUCAACAUUGUCAACCUCAACUUAAAUAAAAACAACAUCAAGCUCAUUGAAGAGACAUCAUUUUCUUGGCUAGGCCAGUUAAAAGUCCUCUCAGUUGGGUUGCAGACAGAGCCGCCAUUGCGUAUUGGGGCAAGAGCAUUUAGAAAUUUGCCCAAUCUGACAUCUCUAGACCUGGGAGGAAACAAAGAAUUAGAGCUGGACUUAAAGGCAUUCGCUGGGCUCGAAAACCUGCAGGUCCUGUAUCUGGACUAUAAUGGUCUGAAUGACUCAGUUCUACAACAAGGAUAUUUUGAAGAUUUAGUCUCACUGCACACCCUCAUUCUUGAAGGAAACAAGAUAGAACAUAUCAGGCCAGAUCCAACAUUUUACAACCUAUGGGCGCUGGUAAACUUUAGUUUUAAGGCAAAUCGGAUUCGCCAGCUUUGUGAGGGGGAUCUGCAUAAUGUUCGACAGAGGGUUUUCAAAACAUUUGACAUCUCCUCAAACAGAUACUUGUACAGCAGAGAAAGCUUCGACUGGGAGAUAUGUGGCAAUCCUUUCCAGGGCAUAAUGCUUCACACCUUGGACAUUUCACAAACUGGCCUCCGCAUCCAACAGCUGGAGAAGAUGUUUUUAGCCAUAAGAGGAACGAUUAUUAUUCAAAUAAAGACGCAGUACCUGUCCAUUGGUAGAUCAUUUGGUUUUAACAAUAUAGAGGAUCCAAGUAACCAGACAUUUUUUGGUCUCAAAGACAGUUCUGUGAUGAUUCUGGACAUGUCCCAUGGGUUUAUCUUCGCUCUUGCAACGUCUGUAUUUUCACACUUGCAGUCCUUGCAGAUUCUAACAUUAUCUUUGAACAAGAUCAACCAGAUUGAAAAGAAUGCAUUUUUUGGCCUUGAGUCUCUUCUACAGUUAAAUCUUUCUUUCAAUCUUUUGGGGGAGAUCUACUCAUCAACCUUUGAAGGUCUGAGGGACGUCUCGUUAAUUGACCUGCAACACAACCAUAUUGGGGUCAUUCAGUAUAAUACGUUUCAUGGACUGAAUCAACUGAGGACAUUGAAUCUUCGAGACAAUUCUCUCUCUGUUAUUUAUGGGUUGCACCACCUUCCACAAUUGGCUUAUUUCUUAGUGGGUCACAACCGUCUCAAGACAGUUUAUGGCCUGGAGGCAGUUUCCAAUAGCACCUUUCUCGAUUUCUCAAACAACGCCUUUACCAACCUCAAUGUUUUCUAUGAGGUCAUGCAGCUCCCUGCUGUGAAGCAUCUUUUGUUGAGGGACAAUCAUGUGUCGAUGUGCACUCCUGCUCUUACUGACACCAUUCCAAAGGACAACCAGUUAAUACACCUUGACCUCUCAAGCAACUUCCUAGAGUUGAUGUGGGCAUCAAAACAGUGCUGGGAGGUGUUCCAUAAUCUGACUAACCUAACUGCCCUUCUCCUUGAUCAUAAUUAUCUCACUGAGCUUCCACAGGAUGUUUUUAAAGGUUUGGAUUCUCUAAAGAGACUCAACUUGUCAUCUAACUCUUUGUCCCAGCUCAACCUCGGCCUGUUUCCCAGCACUCUUGAAAUUCUCGACUUGUCUAAAAAUCGCCUUGUGUCCCCCAACCCAGAGGUCUUCAGUUUCGUGAGUCAUCUGGACUUGAGGCAAAACCAAUAUAUCUGUGAUUGUAGUCUCAGGGACUUUAUCGAGUGGCUCAAUGGCACUGAGGUGGACUUGAUGGAACCAUUAACAGAGGUAUACUGUGUGAUUCCAAAAGAGUUGCAAGGGAUACCUCUUCGUUAUCUCAAUGCUGAUGGGUGUGAGGAAGAUGUUAAUAUGGAGCCAGUACAAUUUGCUCUCUUUGUCUUCUUCACUACAAUCUUACUGAUUAUGAUCACUUCUGUUCUGCUCUACAAUAAAUACAGGGGCUUGUUCUUCAUCUGGUACAAAAGAACAACAAACAUCAUCCUGAAUGGUCAGAAAGCUGAUCUGGAAGGAAAGGACUACAGGUUUGAUGCAUACUUGUGCUUUAGCAGUAAGGACAUUGAGUGGGUGAAGAAUUCACUUCUGCAAUACUUGGACUCCCAGUUCAGUGAGACGAAUAGGUUUCAGCUGUGCUUUGAAGACCGUGACUUCAUUCCUGGAGAGGAUCACAUUACAAACAUACGUGAUGCCAUCUGGUGCAGCAAGAAGACAGUCUGCAUUGUGACCAGGCACUUCCUUAAGGAUGGUUGGUGUGCUGAAGCCUUCAAUAUUGCCCAGAGUCGACUCUUCCAUGAAAUGAAAGAUGUGAUGGUGGUGCUGGUUGUCGGCAGGCUCCUGGAUUACCAAUUAAUGAAGUACCAGCCCAUUAGAGCAUACAUCCGGAGUAGGCAAUACAUUCGCUGGCCAGAGGACCCUCAGGACCACAAGUGGAUCUUGAAUAAGCUGGCAGUCCAAAUUUUGGAAGAGCCCAAAAGGAAAAAUCCAAAGCUGAAGCCAUUUCGCCUACUGAAUUUCUUCAGCAGGAAGAAGGCAAACAAUGUCAUUGGAUUACAACGAGUAGCAACAGUCACACAAUGUUAAUUCCAGGUCACUGCCUGCAGCAGAUAUAACAUCUGGCUUCAGGCCAACUGUAAGACCAAAUUCUACUUCUGAAUGGUGCUUUGAUGCUUUGGACACCAAAGUAUAUCAUCAAUAGAAGGCCUGAAGCCCCAACACUGGUCUGCUGUAACGAAAGUACCUCAAAAAUGACAAUUACUCCGAUUCUGUGGAUAUCCCACAGAUCAGCUUCUGUACAGCUUUUACCAUUAACUCCCCCUUUUGAUUUGCUAUUUAUUCCUCCCUCCUCUUCAGGUUCCCCCUAGCCGUCCGUUCCCACCCCUAUCCUUUGUGCUGUCACUUCAGUGAGACACAGGUCAGGCAGUCUCCUCUCAACACUUCUGAGUCAUUCCUCAUCCCUACAGAGAUCAUGGGAUCUAGCUCACUUCUUGUCUUUUUUUUAAACUAUUGUGCCCUUCGUUUGAAUCUAUCCCCUGUCACAUGUGAUCCAUCAGCCAAGUACUCCAACUGGCAUUCACACUACUUCUAUUGACAGGAGUCUCCCACUCCUUUUGGCAGCAACACAGUGUUGUGGAAGAAGAGUUGGACUGGACUACUUGACUCCAUUAUUGAUAAAUACAUACAGUGUCCAUCAGUGCCAAGACCAAUUUCAUCAUUUCACUUCAUCAGUGGAUACUUUGAAACCAUAUGGAGAACGCAUUACCUAAAAACACAGAUAUUAUCACAUGGAACAGUCUACUUGAUCCAAUCAGGUGGUGUUCAUCCUCCACAUGAGCAAUUAUUCUAAUUCCAUGCCUGCUCUGUUCCCAUUUCUCUAACUCACCUUUCCUUCAAUCACAUAUACAACCGAUUCUUAACUGAUGACAUGAUCCAGCUUCAUAUACUAACUAUGAUAGAGUGUUCAACAGCCCACAAUCUUCUGUGUAAAAAAAAUAAAAACAACAUUUCUCCUG